AGCCGGAAGCCCCCCAAAAGUGGUGGUGUAUCCCUAGCAGCUGUCGCCCCGUGCCAUGCGAGUCCUCGGGACCGGCCUGUCAGCUGGGCGCCUCCUCGGGUUGUGGCUACCCCCAAGGCCGCCGCGGCCACCCGGACCCAGGCUGUCGAACGGGCGGGCAGCGGCGGCCGGCGCCCUGAAGCGGGCCAUGGACGAGCUGCUGCACCGCGCUGUGCCAGCGAUGCCAGCCUACGAGCUGCGCGAGAAGACGCCGGCCCCGGCUGAAAACCAGUGCGCGGACUUUAUGAGCUUCUACGGCAGCCUGGCCGAGGCAUCCGAGCGCGCCGAGCUGUUGAGCCGCCUGGCGCGGGGCUUCGGCGUGGACCACAGCCAGGUGGCCGAGCAGAGCGCCGGCGUACUCCAGCUUCGCCAGCAGCCGCGGGAGGCUGCCGUGCUGCUGCAGGCCGAGGACCGGCUGCGCUACGCGCUGGUGCCGCGCUACCGCAGCCUCUUCCACCACAUCAGCAAGCUGGACGGCGGCGUGCGCUUCCUGGUGCAGCUGCGGGCCGACCUGCUCGAGGCGCAGGCUCUCAAGCUGGUGGAGGGGCCUCACGUCCGGGAAAUGAACGGGGUGCUGAAGAGCAUGCUCUCGGAGUGGUUUGCCUCCGGGUUCCUCAACCUGGAGCGGGUCACCUGGCAUUCGCCGUGCGAAGUGCUCCAGAAAAUCAGCAAGUCUGAGGCUGUGCAUCCCGUUAAAAACUGGAUGGAUAUGAAACGCCGCGUGGGGUCCUACCGCAGGUGCUACUUCUUCUCUCACUGCUCGACCCCGGGGGAGCCCCUGAUCGUCUUGCACGUGGCCCUGACCAGCGAGAUCUCCAACACCAUCCAGACAAUCCUAGUGAAGGAGUGUCCCCCGGCCGAGGCAGAGGAGCAGAGCAGGAUCACCACGGCCGUCUUCUACUCGCUGAGCCUGGCCCAGCAGGGGCUGCAGGGCGUGGAGCUGGGCACCUUCCUGAUAAAGCGGGUGGUGAAGGAGCUGCAGCAGAAGGAGUUUCCUCACCUGGGGGUGUUCUCAAGCCUGUCGCCUAUCCCUGGAUUCACCAAGUGGCUUCAGGGGCUGCUCAAGUCGAAAGCCAAGGAGCACGGGCGGAGCGAACUGUUCACCGACGCCGAGUGCAGAGAAAUCGCCGAGGUCACCGGCGGCGGUCCCGUGAACGAGACCCUCAGGGCGCUUCUCAGCAGCGGCGAGUGGGUCCAGUCGGAGAGGCUGGUCCGGGCGCUCCAGGCCCCGCUGAUGCGGCUCUGCGCCUGGUACCUGUACGGGGAGAAGCACCGGGGCUACGCGCUCAACCCGGUGGCCAACUUCCACCUGCAGAACGGGGCCGUGAUGUGGCGCCUCAACUGGAUGGGCGACGCCAGCCUCAAGGGCAUCACCGGCUCCUGCGGCCUCAUGGUCAACUACCGCUACUUCCUGGAGGACACGGCCGCCAACAGGGUCGCCUACCUCGGCUCCCAAAACAUCAAGGCCUCCGAGCAGGUCCUCAGCCUGGUGGCCCAGUUUCAGAAGAACAGCAAACUCUGAAGUAACCUUUGUUAAACCAGCGGGCCCCUCCCCCGGCUCGAAGAAGCAGGAUUUUUCUGGAUGGGGCGGGGGCGGGGGCGUAGCCAGAGGAGCUUUUAAAGUAAAGCAGAGUUCAGCCGCGGUCUCCAGCCCUAUGACAGGUUCACACCGCGAGGCGGGGCCCCGACUUGGUGCAAAGGAAGAGGCGUUGCCUGCCGCUGGGCGGUGGUGGGCACAGGUGGGCACGGGCUGCGCGGAGAUGCUGUGCCCUCUCCAGAAGAUUCUGCCACGGCCUUCGGCCUGGCUCCCUGCUCUGGGAUGGCCUUCCAGACCCGUAGAGCCUCUGCUGGCUCCCAGGGUGGAUCCACGCACCGUCUCAGGCAGACGGUGAGAGCGCAUUUUCCUGCCGGCUUAGGACGCGACCCAGCCGGGGCUCCUUUAGCCACUUCUCUCCACGGAUUGCAGAGGGCUAGAGGGCUGGGCUCCAUUUCCCUAGUUUCCUCUCCGAGAUCGUCAGGGUCUGAAAAGGUUUGUGACUUGGCACAAACCUCACUAAGUUAAAUUAUCAGAGGCAGGAGCUGUUGUCACCUGGGGCUUGAGCUGGGUUAUGGGCUUGAUAGCUACGGUGAUUCAGGUUCGUGAUGACUUAAUAGCAAAGAACAGAUCUGUUCUGUGCAGCAUUAAACACGUGGUUAUUCACGAUCA